CUUCCUUGGGAAGCUCUGCACCACCUCACCCCCACCCCUGCGCUGCUGGAGCCUGGGGCCACUCUGGUCUGCAGCCCAAAUCCUGCCUCGUUGUGCUGGGGGGCCAGGCUGGGGUUGGAGAGAGGGCCUGGCAGGACGAGUCAGCUGAGACUACUUCUGUACACGGAUGUGGAGUCAAAUGGAGAGCUGCCUGCAGGGCCAUACGAAGAUGUUGCUGUUCCACGUCAAGUUCUGCAGGAGGCCCCCUAUCAGCCUCCAGAGAGCCCUGAGGAGGUGGAACCUUCUCCAGUCCAGGAGGAAGCUGCGUCUCAGCCUCCAGAGAGCCCCGAGGAGGUGCAACCUUCACUUGAGCAGGAGGCCCAGGCUCAGCCUGCAGAGCAUCCUGAGGAGGCGGAACCUCCUCCAUUCCCUCAGGAGGCCCAGGCUCAGCCUGCAGAGCGCCCUGAGUAUGACUCUGCCCCACUCCAGCAAGAGGCCCCAGCGCAAGUUCCGGGGUCCCCUGGUGAGAAUGUACCUCAGUUUCCAGCGAGUGAAGAGGCAGCAGCUCGACCUGGAAGUAACUAUCCAGCUCACUCCAAGCUGUCCAGUGUUACACUUAAACCUGUGGAUUUGGAACUUAUGGUCACUCCAGAGCCUGCUAAGGAAGGCGAGUUUACCGCAGCCCAGCAGGAGCCCCGGCCUCAGCCUCCUGAAUAUUCUGUGGAGGCAGAACCUUCUCCAACCCCGCAGGAUGCCACAGGUCAGCCUCCAGAGCCUCCUGAGGAAGCUGAGCCUUCUCCAGGUGAACAGGGACGACCGGCUCAGCCUUAUGAGCCUAAUGGGGAAGUUGUACCCUUCUCAACCCAGCAGGAGAGCCCAGCUCAGCCCACAGAGCAUCCUGAGGUGGUGAACCCAGCCACCCAGCAGGAGAGCCCAGCUCAGUCUCCAGCAGAGAUAGAGCCUUCCGCAACCCAGCAGGAAAGCACAGCUCAGCGUCCACAGUCUCCCGCUGAGGCCGAACCCUCUCCAGCUCAUUCUCAAGAUCAUGUGACAACAGCUUCUCCUCCAGGCCAGGAUCAAGCUCAGUCUCUGCAGUGGCCCAGUGUCACUGUUAAACCUGUGGACCUUGCACUCACCAUAACUUCAGGGCCCACAAGUGAAGCUGGACCUUCUCCGCCCCAACAGGAGGCCUCAUCUCAGUCUGCAGGGUCCCCUGAGCAGUUGGAACCGUUACUGGUCGAGCAGGAGGUUCCGGAACAGCCUCCAGCCCCCUCAGGAAAUGGUGAACCUUCUCCAGUCCAGCUUGAGCCCCCAACUCAGCCUCCAGAGACCUCUACAGCUGCCACAGCUCAACAUCCAGUACAUAAUGAGGUGACGUUCUCACCUGCAGGGCCAGGUGAAGCUCAGCAUCCAGUGAUGCCUAGUACCAUAGGCAAACCCCUGGAUCUCACAGUUGUCAUCACUCCAGAGCCUGCUAAGGAGGCUGAAAGUUCCCCAGAGCAGCAGGAGGGCUCUGCUCAUUUUCCCGUUUCCCCCGAGCAGGCUGAAAUUUCUCCAGUCCAGUCUAAGCCUCUUUCUCCGUCUCCGGAGCACCCUGGGAAGGUUGAAUCUCCCAGGACAACAAGAGGCCACAGCUCAGACUACAGGUCCCCCUGAGGGGGUGGGGCUUUCUUCGGUCCAGGAGGAAGCCCCGUCUCAACCUCCAGAGCCACCUAAGGAGGUUGAGAUGACAGUUGGAAGACCAGGACAGAAUCACGCUCAGCAUUCCAGCUCGCCCAGUGUCACUCAUAAAGCUUUGGACCUGGGGCUGACCGAGGCCUGGCUCAGACGCAGCAGCCUGAGGGCACCAGGGAGGCCCGGCUGCAGCAGGGGCGGUGGGGUCUGUCCUCUCCCACCCUCAUCUCAGCAUCAGGAAAAUCUGUUCACUGUAGACUGGAGGGACUAGGGGCUGGAGACGGGGGAGAGCCAUGAAAACAGCUCCUUCCUUAAAAGAAAGGGUGGACAAAUCACUCCAUCGUUACUCUUCGUGUCUAGGGAGACAGAGAGAUGGAAAGAGAGACCAGGGUAAGGACUGAGACAAGAAUGAAAAAUACAGAGAAGCACAGAAGUACAGAGAGUCUAGACAGAAAGGUGCCAAGACAGAAAUAGAUACAGACACUGGGAGACAGAGAAACACACACCUGGAGGGUGUCUGGAUGGAAGGUGCUGGGAGACGGGGUGGGGCUGAGUCAGAACUGAUGUGGGGGGAUGGUCGUGCAGGAAGCCGAGCCGCUGAGGCCCUGAGGGUUUGGGGUCCUUGGGGAGUCUGGGACAGAAGGGCCUAGAGCCACGGGUUCCCCACCUACCAGUAUGGCCUAUCCAAGGACGGGGCUGGGGCUGAAGUAGGUGUGCGGAAGUGUAUCCAGUCCCCUCCCAAGGCUGCUGGCCUGGGGUCCCUGGAGCUGGGGACAGGUGCCUGCCUUUCCGCGUCCUCCUCCCGAACUGUGCCAGCUGGCCCCGUCCCCCCACCCCAGGCCAGUGUCAGGUUCCAGGCUGUUCCCCGGGGGAACUUUGAUCUGGAAAGAAUGAGAGUGACCGAGCUGGCGGCUGCCCAGGGCCGAGCCGUGCCACUGAGACCUGGCCUGGGCUGCCCCUGCCACCUUCCCACCUGUGGGGGCACCAGGCAGUCACUCCAGGGCUCAGGAGACACAGGUGGGGUCUCUUCUGCUUUCCUGCCCCCCUGUUCUCUCCACUUCCAUUCA